GGCCGGCGGAAGGAGCCCGGAGUGGUGAGGCAGCCGAGGCGAGGUCGCGGUUGUUCGCCCUCAGGGUCCUUGCGGGGAAGGAGGCUAGGAAGCGGCCGGAGUCCCCCGCGGGCAUCCCUCCCCAGCCUCGCAGUCCACGAUGGCGGAGCCCGAGUUGCUGCUGGACUCCAACAUCCGCCUCUGGGUGGUCCUGCCCAUCGUCUUCAUCACCUUCUUCGUGGGCAUGAUCCGCCACUACGUGUCCAUCCUACUGCAGAGCGAUAAGAAGCUCACCCAGGAGCAGGUGUCCGACAGUCAAGUCUUAAUUCGAAGUAGAGUCCUCAGGGAAAAUGGAAAAUACAUUCCCAAACAGUCUUUCUUGACACGAAAGUAUUAUUUCAACAACCCUGAGGAUGGAUUUUUCAAAAAAACGAAGAGGAAGGUGGUGCCUCCAUCUCCUAUGACAGAUCCUACCAUGCUCACAGACAUGAUGAAAGGAAAUGUAACAAAUGUACUUCCUAUGAUUCUUAUUGGUGGAUGGAUCAACAUGACUUUCUCAGGAUUUGUAACAACAAAGGUUCCAUUUCCUCUGACCCUCCGAUUUAAACCCAUGCUACAGCAAGGAAUUGAAUUGCUCACUUUAGAUGCAUCCUGGGUGAGUUCUGCAUCCUGGUACUUCCUCAAUGUGUUUGGACUGCGAAGCAUUUAUUCCCUGAUUCUGGGCCAAGACAAUGCUGCAGACCAGUCUCGAGUGAUGCAGGAGCAGAUGACAGGAGCAGCAAUGGCCAUGCCUGCAGACACCAACAAAGCUUUUAAGACCGAGUGGGAAGCCUUGGAGCUCACUGAUCAUCAGUGGGCACUAGAUGAUGUUGAAGAAGAGCUAAUGGCCCAGGAUCUCCACUUUGAAGGCAUGUUCAGAAAGGAGCUGCGGACAUCUCUUUUUUGAAUGCUCAGGCGGUAGUAAACCAACACUGGCAUCUCCAGCGUACUGCUGGGGUUCGAAGAAGUCGAAAGAGUUUUUUUGUUUGUGUUUGAAAAGCUUAGAAUAAAGAAGAGCAUGGACUGGACACCUAAGUAGGGCCUGUUUGUGUCUGAAUUUGUCUCCCAUUUUUGUUUGAAGUCACAAGAAGUAAAGCCUUUCACGUGAUGCAGGGGAGAACUGUUUUAAAAAACAACUUAUUUUCCAGCUUACAUCUCUGGUAAUAGCAGUCAGUAAGAAGGGAAAGCCAGAUAGUGAGAGCAUAAACAAAUAGCGAGAUUGAACAUUUGCCAGAAAGGUGCCAUUUCUCAGUAAAUAACAUUAGGUGCAGCUGAUCUUUUUCUAGAGUCCAAAGAACUUUGAAGUCUUUUCUUUUGGUCCUCCAGUGACUAGAGCUCACAUUUUGUGGCACAUUACAGUUUACAAAGUACUUAUGAGGUCAGGCAUGCCAGCAAUAGCUAUUGCCCCCAUUUUGCCAGGAUAGACUACAGGGACUUGGUACUUUUUCCCCAGGUUGUGCAGCCACGAUGGGGGGCCAGGUCUUCUGAUCCCCACCCCCAUUGUUCUGAUCAGCAGCUUACUGGAAGCCACAGUUUCUGGAAUGUGUCAAGGAAUCAGCCCCACCUUCUACAUCUACAGUGAAAAUUGGUAUCCAUGGUGAUGCCAUGCCCCCACCCUCACCCCUCCACCCCUGUUCUGAUGUGCCUUCUGAAUCAUCAAGGGCAGCUUCAGUGAUGGUCAGUCUUCUCCUAGUGCUGAGUGGAUUUUAUUGCAAUCCAACUUUUUGGAAAUUUAUAAUCUGUGCCCUCUAUUAUGACUCUUGAUCAAACCACUCUGUUCCCUGGGGAUUAUUGUAAAUAAAUAGCAAUUUACUGCUUGAUAUAGUGACCUGGGCAGUUGCUGAUUUCAUUUUAUCCAGACACACAUUAUGGGCUGAGCAGUGGUCAUUUUAUUUGGUUAAAUGUAAUAGAGGAAGCAGUUUGUGUUGUUUUUACACCGUGGUGAACCCCUUCAUGUGAUGAGAACUGUAACUAGUCAAAACCUAACCAUGUCUACAAAUUAAACAAACUGAGCUCUUU